AUGGAAUCAGUAACAACGAGAGUGAAUUUGUUGGGCGACCCGACUAACCAUCGGCGCCACCCAGUAUCCGGGCUGGAUGGUGUGAAAUUGGCAACCGAAGCUUCCCCUGGGGUAAAUCGACAGGCCUCAGAAGGAGGAGAUACUACUGUCGGUACUGCAGCUUCUAAAAGCGAGAAAACCUCUAUACGAUUGAGUCAUCGUAUUGGCGCUUGGAACGUCCGAGGUCUGCUGGAGGCGGGUAAGCUGACAAUCGUGGAAAAGGAAAUGGAAUCUCAUGACAUCUCCAUACUAGGCAUCAGUGAAACUCACAUGCGUGGUAAUGGCCACUUCACCACUGUGACAGGGAACACCAUGUACUUCUCAGGCUGUGAAGAUUCAAGUUUGAGUGGAGUCGGAAUCAUAUUGCCGCCACACUUAAACAAAUAUGUCCUCGGUUAUAAUCCGGUGUCUGAUAGAAUCUUGACAAUGAAACUGAAUACCAAUCCAUGUGUGCUGAAUGUAAUACAGAUAUACGCACCGACGGCACAAGCUCAGGAUGAGUUAAUUGUGGACUUCUAUGGAAAACUGGAGGAAAUACUGAAUUCUAUACCUAGUCGGGAAAUUAAGAUAAUUCUUGGUGAUUGGAAUGCCAAAGUUGGCAGUACACUGGAUGAUAAUCAUAUCAGGAGCACAGUUGGAAAAUUUGGACUUGGCAUUAGGAAUGAACGGGGUGAAAAACUGAUCGAGUUCUGCAUUGAAAGAAAUCUCAGUAUUAUGAACACGUACUUCCAACAUCAUCCAAGACGCUUGUACACGUGGAGAUCUCCAGGCGACAGGUACAGAAAUCAAAUCGACUACAUCAUUCUAGAUGGCCGCUGGAGAUCCUCAGUAUCUAACGUGAAGACCUUUCCCGGCGCAGAGUGCCGCUCCGACCAUAACCUGCUCGUAGCUAACUUCUCGCUGCGUUUAAAGGCGCCCAUAGGCGACAUAGACGCGUUAGCGCGAAUGUCAAUUCAGUGGCGCAUGUUUUUAGAACCACUGUGA